UUUGUCACAAAUUGAAAUACUGCGUUACAAUUCGACGUCAUGAUAUCUAUGCAGGGCGUAAGGGUAUGGGCUGAAAAACACAAUCUGUAUAUGGAUUUUGUGGGUCAGAAAAACGCUGAGAGAUGUAUGAACCUAAUGAUUAUUACAUUUCUGGUCAUAGCGCUUCCAGUUGGAUAUUACAAACAACAGUUGUCUGAUAGCGUUUUAAUACUAUUAUUCGGCUGUAUACUCACGGCUCUUGCUGUACUACCACCGUGGCCAUGUUACCAUAGAAAUCCAAUUGACUGGUAUCAUGAAGAAACUAAAAGCAACAAAAAAACAGACUGAUUUUCCACUUAUAUCUUUCAAUUCCUCUGUUAUUUUACUUCUUUAUAAGUAACUAAUAAAUUUGAUUUCUUUUGAGAUCAA